AUGGAUCUCUCCUGGAAUUGGCUCACUGGAAAUAUUCCAACUGAAUUGACAAGACUAAAAUUUCUAGCAGUCUUAAACCUCUCUCAGAAUGUUCUUGUCGGUCCAAUUCCUCAAGGUCUACAAUUCAACACAUUUGGAAAUGACUCGUAUGGUGGCAACCUUGAUUUAUGUGGUCUUUCUUUAUCAAAGCAAUGUGGAACGAGUGGUUCAUCACAUGUUCCUCAACCAUUGGAGUCGUAUUUCUUUAGUGGGUUUACGUGGGAAUCAGUAGUCAUAGGCUACAGUUGUGGACUAGUUGUUGGAACUGUUGUGUGGAGCCUCAUGUUUAAAUAUCUUAAGCCAAAAUGGUUUGUGGAAUUUUUUGAUGGACUCAUGCCUCACAAAAGAAGGAGGCCAAAUUAA